UCAGAUUGGUCAGUUGGGUCUGUCAAAUAAAUAAGAGUUGAUGUUGGUACGCGAGGGACUUGUAGACCUUUUGUAAUUAAAUUAAAUUAUUCUUUUUUUGUUUAAUAUAAAGAAAAAAAACGAACCAGUUGUCCAUAAAAUGUGAUACACCGAUAAAAACAAUGACAUUUGUAGCAAUGAGCCGCAUCUGAUGUUUGUUUUUGUUGUUAAGUAAUUUCAUGUAAAUGCAGUGUUUUGUUGUGGCUGAUAAAUCCCAGAGGGUGGAUCAAAGAACUCCUACUUAUCAGUGAAUUUUUAUUGUUCUCAGCUCUUUCAAAAUAAGACAUUGAUUUGAUUCUAAAUCAACGUAUCAUUUGAAGAGAUAACAAAGGAAUCUAAUUCAAAAUGGACAAUUUGGAGAAACAUUUUAUGCUGCUAUUGAUGCCAGAAGAGCGGCAGUUUCUAAAGCAAUAUUUACAAAAUCCACAACUAAAUAAUAAAACCUUGCUGCGCCACAAACCAUUUCGUCUGCUGCAAGAAAAACCCUAUCCCGUUUUGAACAUCCUACUCCUACAGCCACCUCAUGUUUUGGUACACACAAAAUGGUGCAUCAUUAGAACAUUUGAAGAUAUGCUUCGGGUUGUUUCAAAAUCUGGCAUUACAUCAAAUUUCUUACGAUUCCUCAUACAAAUACCCGAUGAUAUACUCAACGAGGCGUUACAAGGUGAUUUAAGAGAAAAAUUCAAACAAUGUCUUACCAAUAGCCACCUGGAGGAAGAGCUUUACCUAUCAUUGCUGUGUCGCAAAGAUCAACAAUUGAUAGCAGAUAUUAUGGAAUAUUUAAAAGAGACACAUUGGCAGUAUUUUGAAAAACCUCUGGGAACAAAGGAUUUUGUGCUCUAUCAUGCUCGAAAAACCAAAGUCCAUUUUAUAUAUCCAAUGAUUAAAGAGCUGAGGAAUUUCAACGACAUAGCAGAUGCGACUUUAAGAAAUAAUUUAAUUAUUUUAAAAUUAGUGCAUGAAUUUUCUUCAAAUAUUACUCGAAGUCUAAAUGAGUUGCCUUAUUUGGAUGAGAUACUGGAUUCAAUGGAUAUGGAAAAUGUAGCUGAAGAAUUGCUGCCAGUUUAUACAUUGUUCUACAAAGAUUUCAAGCGUUUGUCAAUACUAUUACGUUAUGUUGGUAAAUUUCCAGAGACAACAACAGCCAACAUAACCGUCGAAGAGAUAUUGGAUUCCACAAAUAUUUUGGCCAUAAUAAACAAACAUAAACUGCUAAAUUCCUAUGAGGAAGCCAAGGAGUUUUUGGAAACCUAUUAUACAUGGCAACAAAAUCUAGCAAUGUUAUCGCUGAAAGAAAACGAAACCGAAACCUUGUGCUGUUAUUAUAUUCUAUCUACAGUAUGUGAUAUUGUUGUUACAACCACAUUGGAAACGGAAGAUUACUAUUCCUCCAAACUAAAAACCAUAAAUUCUCUUUUGAGACAAAUAAAAAACAUGGAAUUACUUUGCCAAAUAAUGGAGGAUGUGUUAAUGUUUCUCUAUCUUAGAUGGGAGCAUUUCCGCAGUGACAACAAGAAGCAAAAUAAGUAUCACCAAAAAUCCUCAGGUUCUUCGUACACCGAUGAUGACAUCAUACAAGACUCAUCAACAAAAUCGUCCAAUGUAGCCAAGACAAUGGAGGCAAAGUCUAAUUUGAAAAAUGUCAAAACCGGAUUUAUAUGCCGAACAAAAUCAUUUGCAAGUCUUUGUAAUUUUUUAAAAUUGUAUAUUACCAAAAAACUGCACUCUGCCGAAUACAAGCUAUCUGCAGUGGAUAUAAAGCAUCGUUUUUCCAGUAUUCUAGACACAAUAGGGGAUUUACUUUGGAAAUAUGAAUUUUUUGAAAAAAUGGAACGUUCACAGGAUCAGUGUCUGGCCAAUGAUACCUAUAUACAAUUUGAGGGGGAUCAGUUAAUUCAGCUUGUUCAUUUCCAUGUGGACAACAUGAAUCGCAUAUCGAGCGAUGAUGAAGAUAUUAAUGUGAUAAAUGAGUAUUCAAUGUCACGACGAAAGUCGAUAAAAAAGAGACGUCGUGCUACAUUUAGUGGCAAUACUACAGGGGCGGCUGGCAAAGUGACAGCCUCUGAAGAUCGUUUGCGACCCAACGUUUUAUCCAAUUCUGUUAAAAUAUUACCCACCUUGGAUGUGACGGAGGAGAAAAGUGUAGUGCCGAAACUGUUAAGUUCUCCCGAACGUUUAGCAAUUUUGGCAUUAUCAUUUCGUCAAUUUGGCGAAGCUAAACAAAUUAUUGAGAACUUCAGUUUACACGAUUCUCAACUGCAUGCAGAAUUACAACAUAUGGAACAACAAAUGCAGGUUAAACAAAAGCUUUCGGUGAUUUACGAUAACUAUCAGCAACAGGAGAAACAAUCGCGUGAUACGAAUGAACCCAUGCCCACGGUAGACCUUAUACGAAAUGUUGCAGCAAAAGGAUUUGAAAUAUCGAAAAUAAUAAGCAUCAUUGAUAAUUUUGCUCAAAUGCAACGUAUUAAACAAUCCGAACAGGUUAAAGAUUUGAUCAAGAAACACAAACAAAAUCCACAGUAUCGAUUCCUUUCACAGUUCGAGGAAGCCAAUUUGAAUGCUGUAAUUAUUUGUGAUUUGACAUUGAGCAUGCCGUUCAAUCGUGACAUAACUACGAGUAUCUUAAUGGUUAUCAAGCGUCAUCAGGCCAUACAGUCGCAUUUUAAUGAAACCGAAACGGUGACAGAAAAGUUGCAGCUGCCCUCCAACAUUGGUCCAUUACAUUUUUUGGAAAACCUAGCUGACUGUAUGCGGGUGCAGGGUGAGAAAACCAUCAAGGAUCUGUUAUGUGAUAACAUUUAUUCUCUCAAACCUCAAAAGUUGACCAGCGAAAUGGCUAAAGAGCGUAUUUUUGAAGAGGUUUUCCACAAGCGCCCAAAAGAUUUGAGUCGAUGCGAAGAUUUGAAGGCGCUGAUACCACAAUUUGCUGCACUGAAAUCUAAAUAUAAUUAUUAUCAACGUUUCUGCAACUACGUGCAACAUCUCACAAUGUUGGUGCAUCUGCGCGAUGCCAACUGUGAAUACCACAUAGAGGAAUUGUUGAAAAUUGAUGUGUGUGAUGUAAUUGGCGAACUGAUAUUUAUGCGUAAUAUGACACCUCUGGAAAUUGAGGCCAAUGUUUCGGCGUUAAAUUUGAAUUUAGUUCAUGUCAUAGCUUUGAAUAUUUGCCCGGAAAUAUUGGGUAAAAGUCCUGGCCAAAAACGUGUCAUUCCUCCACAAAAGGAGUCAACCAUUCUCAAUUAUAUUGCCAAUUGUAAUCGUUUAUUGGUUUUCCUUCUACAAGGCAUUAUCAGUAAUGGGGAACAUUUUGGCAGUGAAGCCACAAAUGGAGAUGGUCCAAUUAAUGCCAGCUAUUUGGAAAGACUUUUGAGGAUGCCUGAAAUAUCCAAGCUAUCAACAAUGUACGCUGGCAAUAAGGUAAUUGCUGCCUUAAGAAGCGAUCAUGUUGGCAUAAGAUUACUACAUGAAAUCAAAUCGAAGAGAAAGCAAUUGGAGCUAUUGCAAUUGGAAAUGGGUAUACAAGAAUCUCGACCUUUAAAACUGAAACGCAUAGAUUGUCUAAUUAUCGAAUUGAUACGUGAAGAUCCCAAAAAUAUUUAUUUAGCUGCCAAAAUCCAUGACAUUGCAAUACGUGCCAAAUUAAUAUACGAGAACUUUACAAAAAUCUCCACAAUACGUUUGGCCAAAGAGUUAAUUGAGACAACAUUGCAUCAUCGCCAUGCUGGCAAGAAAAUACCUCAAGAGCUAAGGGAACAACUGGAAGCAACACUGGCCGAUAUAACAGUGUACGCCAAGGUUUCUGAUGUUCUGCUCUUUGAGACAUGGCCUCAGGCUUAUGAUUUCGGUUUGAAAACUCCCACGACGAUAUUUGAACGCUUGCUACAAUUGCGUCUAUACAAACUUUGCUUUAAAUGGUGUAAGGUGGUUAAAUUGGAUCAGUUUGUGCCACAGCGUAAACAAUUUCUCAAUAUUCUCUUAGAGACCCUUAUGAGUUUGGCCGAUGAAGAUCAAAUGGAGAAUUUCGAAACAAACGAUUAUGAGUACUUACUGAAAAUAUUGGAAACAUUCUUUCCGCCAGAUGAAUGCAAGAGUUUUCUCAAUUUAAACAAGGAUAAAUUGCGUUGUAUGACGUUGCUGAAGUUUGCUAUUGAAUAUUUGGAUCGAGCGGCCUUGCCUGAGGAGAAAAGUUAUUUUCAAAAUUAUAAAAUCUCAAUAAUUAUAUUUGAACAAUUACCGCCAUGCCUACGCAAACUUUGUUGGAGCCUGCUAAAGUACCCUCUGUUGAUUGUCGAACAAUUGAUUAUGAAUGCCAAAUUUGAGAUAUUAACUAAGGUUUUGAGUACAGUAAGGCAGGAGCUGGCGAAAAAGGAACAUGAGUACAAGAAAUUAUGUUCGUUUUGUUUCGAUAAGAACGGCAAUGUUUAUAAUAUGCAAGUCGCUGCACCCAAUACUCCGCAUAAGGUACGCUUCCAGCUGGGCUCCCAUGAAUCAACGAAUGUAUCUGCGUUUAUUCUGUUGAAUUUUAACCUCUACCAGAAGGAUCAUUUUAUAACAAAUGAUUGCAUCGAUCUGCUCUUGAGAAUAUAUGCCACGAAAGCCUUGGAUUAUCAAAUCUCUGAUGCAAAUUCAACAUCCGAGCCAGGUUCACAUAGUACCUGUGAUAUGCAACAAUCUUUGGAUUCUUUGUGUGGUGCCUUUCAAAUGCCACCUCAGGCCCCGACUCGCAGCGAAUGGGUGCGAGACGAAGAGGCCACACACUGUAUGUGCUGUCGACGUUCAGCGUUUUCAAUGCUAAUUAGAAGACACCAUUGUCGUCGUUGUGGCCGUGUUGUGUGCUAUUCUUGUUCGGCGCACCGUAUGCGUAUCCCAGAGCUCUAUGAAGAUGUGGAGGUGCGUAUUUGUAAUGACUGUCAACGUUUGUGCGAGGACAUCAAUCAGCGUAAGGCGAAUCGUGAUAGUCAAAUUGAAGAUUCACCAAAUUUAACGGAACAACGUAUUCGCCGCCGGCCAGAAGAACGUUUCAAAUGGAAGCUGAGCGGCAACAUUACACACGAUAAACUCUUGAGGGAAGAGUUUUGCUAUGAACAUGCUCCCAGUGUGGCUUUGUGUUUAUCAAUAUUGGAAUAUCACCUGGAUAAGCAAAGAUGUGUGGAUCUGUUGCUAUUCCAUUGUCGCAAGUUGGAAAAGUUAAUGGUGCCCAAUCCAGAAGUUGAUUAUGAGUUGGUGGCGAAAAUGAUGAACUGUUUGGCUUUGGCUGCAAAGGUUCGUGGUGCUUUUGCUGAAUUCGAAAGGAUACGCGAGCAUUCCGAAAUAAUUAUAUCAGUGGUGCAGAACGGUUGUGAAUCACUAAUACCACCUGAUCCACUUAAUAACAAUGGCUUGAGAAAACUGGCUGACUCAUUGGUUCAGGCCGAAAGAUGGGAUUUGGCCUUGGAAGUGCAUUUGAAAUGUGGCUUGUCUACGGCUGGUGUAAUGGCAGCCCAUGGUCUUUCGUGUAUUCGUGCUGGUUGCUUUGACACAGCCCGUGAAAAAUUCUAUCAUUGUAUGCCCAAGCUUACCAAUGAAUCGAUCAAUGCUUCAAUAACAAAAGUUAUAUUUAAUCCAAAUUUAAAUACAAGUUGUGAUAAUGUGGAUGGUGUACUUGCCCUACCCAAAGACCAUGAUAUUUCUGUUAUAAAACGUCCUCAAAAUGGUCCCCCAUUGCUGCAGGAAAUUUUAAAACUCAUUGAAUCUCUGCCGUUUAAUAAACCCCAACCUGAAACGUUGCAAAGAGCUUCCAUUAUACGCAAUUCCAACUCUUCGUUGGCAUCGUUAUUGUCACGUAAAAAGGAACCCUAUGUAAAGCGUAUAAAUGAGCCGGCAAUAAAUGUACUCAAUACUUUGGCAAACCUAAAACGUAUUAGCAAAGGACAAUAUACAGCGGGCAUGAAUGGUAGUGGAAAUUCGACCUCAGUUCUACAGCCUUCCACACAGCAGCGCAAAGAUAUCUUCCGUAAAACGCGUGGCUUUGAGGAAUGCCUUUAUUAUUUAUUAACCUAUGGAUCUCACACUGAUAUAGUGCAGUUUUUAAUGCAUCACAAUGACACAAUGGCCACCCUCAAGUAUUUCUUGCUGCAAAAACUGGAUGCGGAAAUUUUUAUACAUCAUAUUUUUAUGGAAUUGCUUAGAAAGGGCCAAAUUGCUGGUCUCAUAAAACUGCUCAUGGAUUUCGAUAAUCGUCUGAUAAUUUGGCAGCCAAUACUGCUGCAAACUUGUCGUUUUUUGGAAACACAAAAUCUCCUGAACUCUCUAUACGAAUUACAAAUAUUGCUGAAAGAUCCCAUCCGGGCAUCAAUGACCUGUGUAAAAUUCUAUAGCAUGGAUUGUGCAAACUUCCAGCAACAACAUUUGAAUGCCCAACAUUUACACAAUGCUCACAUGCAUUUGCAAUCGGAAUUGGACAGUGUCCAAUGGGAGAAGAUCAAUUUAAUGCCUGUGGGGAAAUCGAAUAAAGGUGGCAGCCGGCGAUCCAGUGUGUCGAGUACAACCGGUUCCAUCGGAGGUGGGGGUAAUUUCUGUUUACAAAUGGACGCCAGAUCACUGAAUGCCCACAUUAAUACAAUACUAAAUCAAUUGGAAGUUGCCAAGUUUUUGGCCAAAUGCGAGGAAGAGAAUAGUUCAGCAGACACGUUGAUAACAGAGAAGUUUUUGAAACAGCUGCGCGUUGAACCAACAAAGUCUUUACCCACCCUGUUCGAUAGAACUCCUGAGAAAAUACAAAUUUGCAUUUUGAUUCUUUUGUGUGGCAAAAACAUAGAAGAAGGAUUUGGUCUGGCCUACAGAAUUAUUCAACAUUAUAAGUUGCCGGCAUUGAAAGUAUAUGCAGCCAGCGCCAAAUAUUUAGCCCUAAAUCAACGUCUUCCAGAAAUUGAAAAACUUAUAAACUGCAUUACCAGCAACACGGGCAGUAAUAAUCAAGAUAUUGAUGAAAUUCUUAUGGUGGCCAUUAACUCGGCCGUCAAUAAUCAUGAAACCGAAACCAAGACAAUUUUAGAUAGUCUAACAAAGAAAAUACACAAUGUGGAAAUGCGCAUUUCUGCCCACAUCUACAUUGGACAAUUGAAAUCGGCCUAUUUGUUGGCAAACAAAUACGAACGAAUUGGAGAUAUACGCAAAAUCCUAAGACAGGCAGAAGCCACCAAUCAAGUGCAUAUUAAGAAGUUGUGUGAGAAGAAACUGCAAAUGACUUUGUCCAGAACAAGUCAAACGAAAUAAUAAUAGUUGUGUUCCAGAACCUUCAAAUUAGUACUAAUUAGCACUAAUUCUGCUACAACGCGUUCCCGUACUCCAAAAACUAGCAAAACUUGCAGCUCUCUCGAGAAAAAAAUGGCGCUGAGUGGUGCACAUUUCUGCUUGUUUUAGCUACAUGAAUUUGGCCGAGCAGAAAUGUGCAUAUUGUAAAUUUGACAUUUACUUGGCAGGGCUAACAAGGUUGAAAAAUGUGUUGAUACAUUUCAAUAAAGAAAAUGAUCAACUUGAAAACUAAAGGAAAAACUAAUAUUUGUCGUGCAAAAAACAAAAAGAGAAAAUAUGGAGCAACUGAUGUAUUCACUUUUGGAUGAUUCCAGCAGUGAAGAGGACUGGCUGAAUGAGGAAUCAGAUUAUUAAUUAUUAUUAUAAAUUAUUAAUUUUAACUUAUCGUCUACAAUACUCAUUUUUUAAAUGUUGGCGCUCUUUUCAGUAAGGUUUCACCAGUCCGAUUUAGGCUGUUUACUUUUGGAAUUUUGAAUUUUGACAUUUUAUCGCAUUUCUGCUAAUUUUCCGUUCCCUUAUUUUUUGAGCAAACCUAAAUGAGAAUGAAAUUUCGAACUGUUCUCUCUUCUGCUAGUUUUACUACUAAAAAAGUACUGGAACACAACUAAUAUGUGAUAUAUACUUUUUCUUUUUUUUUGUUUCUUUGUUUUCUAUAUGUACACCUAUACCAAUAUUCUUAUCGUUUUACGAUUAUGUUAUUUUGUAUGUAAUUUAAAAUAUAUUAUAUAAUAAUAAAUAAAUAAAUAAAUAUACAUAUUUUUAUUAUGCAA